AUGAGACACUCGGGUUCAUUCAAGAUGGCCUUCCUGGUCCUCGUGGGGACUACAAAUCUAAUCCUGAAUGUUGCAUUUGCUGCUUCUCUCUCAGGAGACUCGUCCUAUGUGGCUGCUGCUGGGUUUCCGACCUCUGCAUUCUCAUCGUACUACGUUUCCCCGGCCAAGCCAACCGAACAACCUCAGCCAAUUCUCUAUGAUCCAGUGUUGGACCUCACUUUCCCUUACGAGUUGACUGAUCCCGACAACAUUCCGGACAACCAGGAUGAGGUCUACUUCCCUGUGCCGCGAACUCAUAUGCCUGCCAGAAAAAGGUAUAAGCUGGUUCAGGAAGCCCUAUCCAAUGUGACCAACAUCAUCAAGUCAAACAGCUCAGAGAGCGGCUGCACCAAAUGCAAGAACGCUCUCGCCGCAGCGAAGCCUGCAGCAUUGCAUGUCCCGAAUCUUGUUCCGAAUGCCAUGAUCAGCCUGUGCAAGGACUUUCGCUUCCAUGCCAAUGAGACCUGUGAGCAAGAUUUUGCCUCGAACACCUUCGGUGCUAUCUGGACUCAGGUACUGGCGUACGCUGAUGUAGAAGGAUUGGAUGGUCAAUACAUCUGCCAUUCCCUCAGCGAAAAGUAUUGCAGUGCGCCGACGACUAGCCCGCUGGACACGACCAAGCUUUUCCCAAAGCCCAAACCUGCAGAUGUCCAGGUCCCCAAGGCAAGUGGCGAGCGGAUCAAGGUACUACAUCUGUCAGACUUCCAUCUUGAUGCCCGGUAUGCCGUCAGUUCCGAAGCAAACUGCUCGUCCAGCCUCUGCUGUCGGAGUGACAACUACAAUGACCUUUCCGAAGACAGCCCACUGCUUUCUGCCUCUGCUUAUGGCUCUUUCCUGUGUGAUACCCCGUAUGACUUGGGUCUUGCUGCUUUGCAGGCUGUUGGUCCUCUGACUGGAACUGGCAAGGGAAAAUAUGAUGACCACCUUGCGUGGACGCUCUAUACGGGUGAUCUGGUAUCGCAUGAUCCGGCACCCCAGAUAUCCAAGGCGUUCACUCAGUAUACAGAGACCAGCAUUUAUGGCAUGUUCAAACACUAUCUCUCUGGUCCUGUCUUUGCUGCACUUGGAAAUCAUGACACCAGUCCUGCAAACAUCGAUUCUCCUCAUAACCUCCCUGGCCGUCUGGGGGAACAGCAAAGCUGGAAUUACGAACACCUGGCUGGACUGUGGCGCCAUGAAGGAUGGAUUAGUCGUGAGACCGCUGAUGAAGCGAGCACUCAUUAUGGCGGUUACUCUGUCAAGACACACUACGGACUACGCAUCAUUGCCUUCAACACCGAUUUGUGGUAUCGGCACAACAUGUUGAAUUUCAUCAACACCACCAACCCCGACAACUCUGAAGUGUUCUCCUGGAUGAUCGAGGAGCUGCAAAAGGCCGAGGAUGCCGGUGAGCGUGUCUGGAUAAUCGGCCAUGUCCUCAGUGGAUGGGAUGGGAAAAAUCCACUCCCCAACCCGUCCGAUCUAUUCUACCAGAUCGUAGACCGCUACUCGCCCCAUGUUAUUGCCAACAUCUUCUUCGGACACACCCACGAGGACGAGUUCAUGGUUUACUAUGCCAACAACGGGACUGUGCAGGAUGCCGACAAUGCCCUCACCACCGGUUGGGUCAUGCCCAGCAUAACCCCUCUGGAAAACCUGAACAGUGGCUUCCGUUUGUACGAGGUCGACACGGGCGACUUCAACGUUUACGAAGCAUACACCUUCUACAGCAAUGUGUCGGAGUACCCGGCUCUCGAGGACACAGGUCCGACCUUUGAGAUCGAAUACUCCACCCGAGAUACAUAUGGACCGGCAGCAAGGUGGGACGAGGAUGCGCCGUUGAACGCCACGUUCUGGCACCGGGUUACCGAGGCCAUGGAGAAGGACGUGGAACUUGUCAGUCUGCACAACACCUACCAGGGGAAGCGGAGUGUCAAGAGCCCCAGCUGCACUACUAUCGCGUGCCAGAAGUCCAAGGUCUGCUAUAUGCGCAGUGGUAGUGCCGCACUGGGUAAGCAGUGCCCACAAGGAUAUGGAUCCGUGCAAAGUGCCUUUAAGGGAAACUAA